AGGGUUCCGGUUCUUAAGCUAAAGGAUCCAACGACGGGUAUUUCAUGCGAUAUAUGUGUGAAUAAUAUGUUGGCGGUUGUGAACACGAAGCUGCUCCGGGAUUAUUCCCAAAUCGAUGUUAGGGUUCAACAGUUGGUCUUGAUUGUGAAGUAUUGGGCUAAAUCACGAAAAAUCAACGAAGCUUAUCGAGGAACUCUCUCUAGUUAUUCUUAUGUUUUGAUGUGCAUACAUUUCUUACAACAACGUUGGCCGGCCAUACUCCCGUGCUUGCAGAGAAUGGGGACUACUUAUUCAACAACUGCGGAGGAUAUCGAGUGCUCGUAUUUCGACCGUGUGAAAGAGCUGCGCAAUUUCGGGAUAAGAAACAGAGAGAAUCUAUCUCAACUAGUGUGGGCAUUUUUCCAUUAUUGGGCUUAUUGUCACGACUAUGUAAACGACGUCAUAUCAGUUCGAACGGGAGAUUUAUUAAGGUAGUAAUAAUUAA